ACUCAUUCAUUCUAACAUCUUCAACCGCCAUUUUUCUCUCUCUACAAUCCAGCUUUAUCUCUCUAAAAUUUCCGACAUUUUUACUCGUUCAAGAUGCUUCUCAAGGCUUCUCCGUCUUUCUCUCUCCUCUCUAACAAUGUUGGCAUUAGCGUCAACACUCAAUCUCUCUCUUCAGUGAAUUCUUUUAGCGUGUCUCCUUCAUUUCUCCAAAUGCCAUCGGCGAAAAAUCCUGACAAUGGAUUCUCGGUCUUUGCUGCUGCUGAAUCUAACAGCGGUACGCUAAAUGGCGUCAUUUUUGAGCCGUUUGAGGAAGUUAAGAAGGAGCUUGCUAUGGUGCCUAAUGUUCCUCAUCUUUCUAUUGCUCGUCAAAAGUAUGCUGAUGAGUGUGAAGCUGCUAUCAAUGAGCAAAUUAAUGUGGAAUAUAAUGUUUCUUACGUUUACCACGCGAUGUUUGCUUACUUUGAUCGAGACAAUGUGGCACUUAAAGGUCUUGCCAAGUUUUUUAAGGAAUCUAGUGAAGAGGAAAGAGAGCAUGCUGAGAAAUUGAUGGAAUACCAGAACCAGCGUGGUGGAAGGGUGAAGUUGCAAUCAAUACUGAUGCCCCUCUCUGAGUUUGAUCAUGAGGAAAAAGGAGAUGCUUUACACGCUAUGGAACUGGCCUUGUCCUUGGAGAAGCUUACAAAUGAAAAAUUGUUGAACUUGCAUCAUGUAGCUGAGAUAAACAACGAUGUGCAAUUGCAAGAAUUUGUCGAGGGGGAAUUCUUAAAUGAACAAGUUGAAGCUAUUAAGAAAAUCUCUGAAUAUGUUGCUCAGCUUCGGAGGGUUGGCAAGGGACAUGGUGUAUGGCACUUCGACCAAAUGCUUCUUCACGAAGGAGAUGCUGCUGUUGCUUGAAGUGUGUGAUUUCUCGUUCAGAUUUUUGUCGACACAACAUUGUAGGAUCAAACAGAACUUGUGCCGUGUAAUUUCUCACAGUAAUUGAAUUGGGUGUUUUUGGUUCCAAAAACAUUUGGCCUUAGGUGAUUCUGCCCAGACGAAAUGCAGUCCUUUUAGCUUCUAGGAAUUCUGAAUUGAAAAUGUGAUUUGAUGAUGAUAUUAUUUCUCUCUAUUCUGGACUAUGUUGAUAGGAUUUGCUAAUGCGCUAUUUUGAGGUGAAGUA